UGUUCCAUGAUUAUGUAACUUCUUUCUAGUUAGGAGUUAGUACAGUGUGAGAAGGCCAUCUACAAUCAAGAUUUAGAGAGGCUCUAACAAGUGCCAUUUUUCCUUGUUAGCUUUCAUUUCUCAGCCCUUUACAAGAUUAUAAUAGUCUACAGUUUACUCUCUCCAAAGCUUUACGGACAGUGAUCCCGUCCUAAACAAGACAGUGACUCCAGGAUUUCUGAAGACUAUUGUGGAAAAAGUAUCCAUUAAGGCCAAGCUAUAACUUCAGAAAUGGUGAAUGAAUACAAGAAAAUUAUUUUGCUGAAAGGAUUCGAGCUCAUGGAUGAGUAUCAUUUUAUAACAAUUAAGUCCUUACUGGCCUGUGAUUUAGGACUAACUGCAAAAAUGCAACAGGAAUACAACAGAAUUCAGAUUUCAGAUUUGAUGGAAAAAAAGUUCCAAGGUGUUGCCUGUGUAGACAAACUAAUAGAACUGGCCAAAGACAUGCCACCACUUAAAAACCUUGUCAACAGUCUUCGAAAAGAGAGGUCAAAAGUUGCUAAGAAAAUGAAAGCACAAGGAAAAGUUCUAAUGAAAAAAAUAAACCAGGAAGAAGUGGGUCUUGCGGCACCUGCACCCACUGCAAGAAACACAUUGACAUCUGAAGUAGGAGAGAGGAUUCCUGUAGCUCAGAAAAGAAAAACUCUGAACAAAGGAAAGACUGAAGCCAAAAGGAAUAAGGUGCCCCAGGAGCAGAGUGAGUCCCCAUAUCCCUCAGGAGCCAGCACAUCUGCAGCCACGGAUCAUUCCCCAUUACCCCAGACCUCAUCAUCAACUCCAUCCACCACUUCAUUUACUCAGAAUCAGCAAACCCCUGCCCAAUGUCAGGUGGAUGCAAGAAGAAAUGUUCCCCAAAAGGACCCAGUGACAGUGAUGGUACUGAAAGCAACAGCGCCAUUUAAAUAUGAGUCCCCAGAACAUGGGAAAAGCACAAUGUUUCAUGCUACAGUGGCCAGUAAGACUCAAUAUUUCCAUGUGAAAGUCUUCGACAUCAGCUUGAAAGAGAAAUUCAUGAGGAAGAAGGUCAUUACCAUAUCUGAUUACUCUGAAUGUAAAGGAGUAAUGGAAAUAAAGGAAGCAUCAUCUGUGUCUGACUUUGAUCAAAAUUUUGAGGUCCCAAACAGAAUUAUCGAAAUAGCAAAUAAAACUCCCAAGAUCAGUCAACUUUACAAGCAAGCAUCUGGAACAAUGGUGUAUGGGUUGUUUAUGUUACAAAAGAAAAGCAUACACAAGAAGAACACAAUCUAUGAAAUAAAAGAUAAUACAGGAUCCAUGGAUGUAGUGGGGAAUGGAAAAUGGCACAAUAUCAAGUGUGAGAAAGGAGAUAAACUUCGACUCUUCUGCUUUCAACUGAGAACAGUUAACCGCAAGCUGAAACUGGUGUGUGGAAGUCACAGCUUCAUCAAGGUCGUCAAGGCCAAGAAAAACAAGGAAGGAUCAAUGAAUGUUAACUGAAAUAUGCAAGCUGAAAUGCAACAAAUAACUUCUGCUUAAAAAAUUAAGUUGUUAAUAAAUAACUGUGGUUUUGUAAAUUUCAGUAAUUCAUUUAAAUAAUGGAUUCAGUAGAUAUACUGUAGCAUAUUAGAGCUUUUAUAUCUGAGUUAUAGAUUAGGUUGCUUUCUGGAAUAAAAUUUUCUUCUUAUACCCUUCCAUAUUUUUUUAGAUAUUAAAUUUUGCAUUUAUGACUUUCAUAAGGUAAAAAAUAAAAUAUCUUUUUUUGAAGGACA